AUGUCUUUCCCUAUGGACAAGAAAGUUUCUGUCCUGGCUGAAGACAAUGUCUCGUCGGCAGAAGGGCAAGUCGAUGCCUACAACCGCAUGCCAGAGUCACUUCGUGCACUCGGCGACGAUGAGUUUGAUGCCCUCAAAAAGAAGAUCGUCCGCAAGGUUGACCUCCUUGUUCUCCCAACAAUUGGAUUUCUCUACAUAGCCAACUACGUUGAUAGACAAAACUUGAGCGCUGCAAAACUUCAGGGCAUCAUGGAAGAUCUGAACAUGUCUACUGAGCAAUUUGCCACGGCUGUUUCCAUUCUAUUUGUCGGCUAUCUGCCAUUCCAAAUUCCCAGCAACCUCAUCAUUACAAAGAUAUCCAGGCCAGGCAUGUACAUAUGUGGUGCCGUGACAAUCUGGGGUGCUAUCUCGGCUUGCACAGCGGCGGUCACAACAUAUGGUCAACUCCUCGCUGUUCGAGCUAUUCUCGGAGCCGCCGAAGCCGUUUUCUUCCCCGGAGCCAUCUAUUACCUCUCUGCCUGGUACACAAAGAGAGAGCUAGGAAAGCGUAUUGCCGGGCUAUACAUUGCCCAGCAAGUUGGUAAUGCCUUCGGUGGUCUCUUCGCCGCAGCCAUCCUUCAACUUGAUGGGCACCACGGCAUCCGCGGCUGGAAGUGGUUAUUCAUUAUCGAGGGCAGUGCCACUGUCGGUAUUGGCAUCAUCUGCGCCUGCAUCAUGCCAGAAUUCCCUCACAACAGCCGCAUCCUUUCCCAGAUUGAGCGCGACUGCGCUGUAUGGCGUAUCGAGUCCGAAGCUGGUGCGGCCGAGGGCACAGAAGAUGAGAGCGUGUUGAAAGGGUUUGCCAAAGCCCUCCGAGACCCCAAGCUGGUCCUGCUCAUCAUUUGCAACAUGCUAUCCCAGACACAGGGCUCCAUCGCCAACUACUUCCCCACCCUCGUGGCCUCGCUCAACUUCACCAGCACGAUCAGCUUGCUUCUCACGGCACCCCCCUAUAUCCUCGCCGGUCUCGUCUACUAUGUCCUCAUGUUCUACUCCGAUCGAAAGAAUACCGCAUACCCAAUCAUCAUCCUUUGCAUUGCCAUCUCGAUCCCGAUGUACAUCAUUCCUAUUGCUAGUACCAACGUCGGCGCUCGCUACUUCUCGAUGAUGAUCCUGCCCUUCGCCUCCGUCGGUCCCCAGCUCCUCCUCUACAAGACCAUCAACCUGCAUCUUGCGCGACCCAUCUCGAAGCGAGCGGCUGCCUCUGCUUUGGUUAAUGCCAUCGGUGGUACGUCCAAUAUCUGGGCCUCAUACUUAUACUUUGGAGAGCCCCAUUUCUAUGCUGCCUUCGGCACGCUUAUGGGUGCUGCUGUCUUGUUCGGAUUCACUAUCACUGCAUACCGCUGGCUCGUCUUGCGCGAGAACAAACGUUUGGACUCUGGCGAUCCCGUGGAAAUCGCCAAGGUGAUCAAGGGUGGCGUCACGGAGGAAAUGAUACAGCUCAACUGGCGCUACGAGAUGUACUGA